CGGCUGAGGUUGGUAACAAUAAAGAUUGAGGGUGUCCUGCCACCCCAAUGGAAAUAAUCCUGAAGUAAUCAUUGAUCAUUCCGCUAAGUUUAGACCUCUAAGAACCAAUUGCCCUCAUAUAUCGAUACAUCACGCCCUGCCACGACGAACGGACCAUUCAGCGGUGAAGCCUCUAAUUAUACACCAUGGUUAUAAGAGUUCUUAUGUUAAUUUACCGGAGGCCGGAUUUAACUCCAGAACAAUUCCGAAAACAUUAUGAAGAAAUACACAUGCCGCUUACAAGAAAAGUUGCUGGAAACACGUUCCCUCUAUCGCAUAUAAGAAGAUACAUUCCGCGGUCCACCACAAUACAACAAUCCCCUACCGACAACGACCAAUAUCCUGCAAUUGUUGCUGGUGGGGAACCAGAGGCCGUUCAUGUCGAUUGUGUUACCGAAUUAAUAUUCCGAGAUAAGAAGCAUUUAGAGUCAUACUUCGAGAUGCCGCAUGCUCCCGGUGCCGCAGCCCAACUUGAAGAAGAAGCCAAGAAUUUUGCAGCGAAAUACCCCACCGUCAUUGUCGAAGAUUGGAGGGAAACAAGACCGAGGGCAAAGUUAUGAGAUGAUCAAUUAAUGGCGUCGCUAUGAAUGCGAUCGCGGAGGAAAUCACGUCAUUCGGAAACCCCGGACAUAUGGCCUACCAAUUCAGGCGGCCGAACUGCAUCUGAAGUCAGCAUCGCUUCCCUCAGACAGGGAAUAUGCCUCACAACCUUAUCAUCCAACAAUGGGUGCGACAUAGAGACGCGCCCAAUUUAACUCUAUCGUUAAUUAGUACCAUGGAGGUAUCUUGGGAGAAUCUCCUAGAUGAAGUUGGUAAAUAGAUCAGAUGCAUGGAAUGGACAACUCCAAGACUAGGCAAAAUACCCAUAUUUCAAAGAGUUCACUCGCUAUAACAUCAAAAGGAAGGGAAAUACCAGGUACCUAGGAGGGGUAUAUAGAUGUUAGCUUGGACCUGAUCUAGUUGGAAGCCAUACAAGUGUGCGAGAACACGAUAACUCUCGAUGUAGUACAUUGCCGUUGAGCAAGGUACCUGUCAGCAAAAACUGCAUAUCUACGAUGAAAUCGAUCGUUAUGAAAUACAAUAUUCAAUACUUCUAUUGCUGUCUACCUGUCUUAAGAGGAUCUGUGCAAGGGAAGAAGCCUGUAGUCAGAGACUACUAUGUCAUGUAGUGGAUGAUAAUAGUAGUGAGCUCGCUAUAGGCUUUUCGCAAGUUCAUAGAACAAGACCU